UGGUGGUGGAGGUGGGAGAGGGGGAGGUGGCAAAAGGGCCGAUUUUUUCUCCUCGAAAGUUUACUUCCACCGAUACGUCCUGGAGGCGCCCGUCGUCUUCGCCGGUUCAACCAUAACGCCUCCCGCUUUAAAACGCCCGAGACGGGAUACGGUGGACUCCUCACCGCCACCCGCUCGUACCGCAGCUUCCGGUAAACCCGGACCGUCUGGCAAAUUAGCCUGCACGAUGGACGCGCCGCUCUCUCAGAGCAUGGACUCCGUCAACACGGUGGCCACCGGUGAGGACGAGGUGCGCACGCUGUUCGUGAGCGGCUUACCGAUGGACGCCAAGCCUCGAGAACUGUACCUGCUGUUCAGAGCAUACGAGGGUUACGAGGGAUCGUUGCUGAAGGUUACGAGUAAAAAUGGGAAGACGGCGUCGCCGGUGGGCUUCGUGACUUUCCAUACGAGGGCUGGUGCAGAGGCGGCCAAGCAAGAUCUACAGCAGGGGGUUAGAUUCGAUCCUGAUAUGCCACAAACCAUACGUUUGGAAUUUGCAAAAAGUAACACAAAGGUUAGCAAACCCAAGCAACCAGCCGCUGCAGCAGCCACCUCGCACCCUGCUCUGAUGCACCCUCUAACUGGACACAUAGGAAGCCCAUUUUUCCCUGGUGGUCCUGAACUAUGGCAUCAUCCAUUGGCGUAUUCAACAGCUGGAGAAUUACCAGGCGCUCUACAACAUGCAACGCUGGUGCAUCCAGCGUUACACCCUCAGGUCCCCGCUCCUAUGUCUUUACCACAUCCAACGACUUUAACAUCAAUACACGCAUCGCUGCCACAUUUCUUACCAUCACCGGCAUUAGCGUCACCCGUUGGAUCGCCGUCAUCACAGCCGAAUAUCGCAGUUAGCAACGCUCCGUGCUCCACCCUGUUUGUCGCUAAUCUCGGUCAAUUUGUGUCCGAACAUGAGCUCAAGGACAUCUUCAGCAGUUUCCCUGGUUUCUCCCGGCUUCGUAUGCACACGAAGGGAGGGUCACCGGUGGCCUUCGUCGAAUAUCAAGACGUACGCUACGCGGCACAGGCGAUGUCCACUCUCCAGGGGUCCCUUCUCCUCUCCUCCGACCGAGGAGCGAUAAGAAUCGAAUAUGCAAAAUCAAAAAUGGCCGAGGUGGGCUUUACAAAUCUCUGGAUCGAAGGAUCAAAGAGAGAAGAAAACGGGCAACCUUAAGAUUGACAUUAACGGCAUAUAAGAAGAAAAGCAAGAGAAAAACGGCAUAUUCUUAUGGAGAAGGGGAAAAAAGCGCAGGCGUUCAUAAUGAAUUGGAAGAUUUCGCUAUGGUACAACAACACGAUGACAAACAACAGGAAACACAGCACAACAAGAACAAAAAGAACAACGAUAAUGGGAUAUACAUCUGGCGUAAAAAAUUUCCAUCUUAAUGUGGAAAAUAAAAAUAUAUAUAGGCGCGUAUUAACGUAUCGUAAAGAAUAAAAAUAGCAGACGCACAUACAUAUACACAUACACAUACAUAUACAAAUACACGCGAAAUAAAACAGGGAUUUACACGUAAAUACAGAGAAGAAGCAAAAAAAUGGAGAGAUAUGAAAAUACGAAUCACGAGGACGGGGUGAGGAGAGUCGUUCCACCUUGAUCCGAGCAGCACCAAUAGAUAAAUUUUGUAAUUUAUUCGGCGCAAUGGCGUUGGUUCGCGUCUCGCCGGGGGCCCAAUAAUCGUGUAUUCCUAGGUAUACAUAAUAUUUUUAAAGGAUUUAUCUUACCGAUUCGUAGCCGUGCGUUUUUCCCUAUUUUUUUUAUUUUUUUUUUUUUUUUUUUUUUUUUUUUUUUAUUUUUUUUAUUUUCACUGGAUUUUACAUCAGGAUGGAUGGACGACGACGAAGUGAAAGAGGAGAGUGAGAAAAAGAAUAAAUUCAGGCUGCGUGAGAUGAAGAGAGAAUGUGCGCGAGAAAGAAAGAGAAAGAGAAAGAGAGAGAGAGAGAGAGAGAGAGAGAAAGAGAGAGAGAAGAAAAUGAAAAGACGAAACUAGAAAGAGAUGAACAGAGAAGGUAACAGUCGACGAUAGAAGCAAGUAGAGACGAAGGAUCCGCAUAUCGGGGAGUAUGUAAUUGAAGCUAAUUAAAGCUAAUUAUUAAAGAGCAAAACCACGCUUGUGCAUAGCCUUGUUGUCGAAAGACGAUCGGUUCGUAUUAUAAAUAAUAUAAAGAAGACAAGAUGACACAAAGAAAAAGAAAAAAAAAGAAUAACGGAGAUAUGACACACCGAAGAGCACAUAUAAUUUAUUUGCACGUCGCGCACAGAAGAUCGAGUAAGAUUCUCCUUAGGAGAUAAUUCGUGCCUCAAAAUGCCGGCGACGACGCCUCGACAGGAAAAAAAGACAGGAAAGGAAGAAAAACGCAACGAGCGUGUGCGCGCUGUCGUCUUGAUAAAAAAAAAAAAAGAAAGAAAUUGCGACAAAGAGAGACGUAUGAGUAAAA